UGGAUUAUGUUGUAAAUUGGACAACAGUAGAGACAAGCAGAAUCUCUGCUGACUGCUGCAUUUAUGAGUUCCAAAAUAUCUGCAAGGGGGCUAAAUGUAAACUAUUCACGUGUCUGCUUUUUCUGGGAGCAAUCUGGUAGAACCGUGAAAAGGCUAAAGAAACAGGUUUAGAGAUGGAACCUCUACUUUACUUCUCGUGGAUUCGGUCUGAAAGAUUUUUGUUUUUUGUUUUUUCGUCUUCUUGUGGCCCCAACAUUGUUUGAUACAUGAUUACUUUAUUUCUUUGGCUUUUGGAAUAUUCUGGAAGUUUACCCGAGAAGGAUGAGAGGCUAAAACAAGAAAUGGAGAGAAGAGAACCAGCUGCAAGAGAUGUUUAUUCAGACACAAGAGAAAGAAAUUACCUUCCACUCUAAAUAUUGCAGUCUAAUGUGUCUAGGCAACAUGAGGAAAAUUUUUCCUUUAAAAUUGUUAUCAUUCUCUUGAACCUGGACAAAAAUUUUUUUUUUUUCAUUUUGUGAAACUGCCUUCAGUAUUUUGUAAUACAACCUGCAAGGAAUUUCAGUAAAUAGAUAGAGAGAACAGAUAGAAUGAGGAAACUCUUGAGGAUUCUGGCAUUUUUCUUCCUGUGGGUUAUGGCAGAGAGUCAGAUGAAGAUCCCACCAGAGACGGUGCAGCAGUGGGCAUCAGUGUUCUCUGUUCAGCUUCGAGAAUUGUCAACCAAAUACUCUGGCUCUCUGUUGCUGCAGAAGAAACUCAAGGAUGUGGAAUCCAUCAUUAAGAUUGUGGAGCUCAACGGAGAUGAUUUAGUAAUUGACUACUCUGAUGAAAUUGAACGAAUGUUGGGAAGUAAGAUGAAGUCUGUGAAGAGGUUAGCGGAGUCGGCUGAGGAUUCUGACCUGUACCAUGAAUUCAACGCUUCACUAGAGUUUGAUUACUACAAUUCCAUGCUGAUCAACACAAUGGAUGACGAUGGGAACUCUGUGGAACUGGGUGGAGAGUUUUCUCUUGAAGAGAAUGAACAUUUCAACAACUUGCCUGUGAACACUCAGCAGAGCAACAUCCAGGUUCCCACCAACGUUUACAACAAAGAUCCUAACAUACUCAAUGCCAUCUACAACUCUGAGGCUUUAAAUGACGUCUACAUCAGCAACUUCCUGAAGGAUCCCACGCUCACCUGGCAGUACUUUGGCAGUUCCUUUGGCUUUUUUAGGAUAUAUCCUGGUAUUAAAUGGACACCAGACACCAACGGUGUGGUUGCUUUUGACUGCAGGAACCGAAAUUGGUACAUCCAGGCAGCUACGUCUCCAAAGGACAUCAUCAUCAUGGUGGAUAUCAGUGGCAGCAUGAAGGGCUUGAAGAUGACCAUAGCUAAGCACACCAUCAACACCAUCCUGGACACGCUGGGAGAGAACGACUUUGUCAACGUCAUUGCUUACACUGACUAUGUUCGUUACGUGGAGCCGUGCUUCAGGGGAACUCUGGUCCAGGCUGACUUGGACAACAGAGAGCAUUUCAAGCUGUUGGUGGAGGAACUGCAUGUCAAAGGAGAAGCAAAAAUCAAGAAUGCCAUGAAGGAAUCCUUCAAGAUCCUAAAUGAGGCGAGGCUGAAAGGUCAAGGCAGCAUGUGCAACCAGGCCAUCAUGCUGAUCACGGAUGGAGCCAUGGAGGACUACGAGUCUGUCUUUGAAGAAUUCAACUGGCCUGAUCGCCGGGUGCGGGUGUUCACCUACCUGAUUGGUAGAGAGAUGACCUUCUCUCAAAACACCAAAUGGAUUGCUUGCAACAACAAAGGUUAUUAUACACACAUUUCAACCCUGGCUGAUGUUCAGGAGAACGUCAUGGAGUAUUUACAUGUGCUGAGCCGGCCGAUGGUCAUUAACCACGACCAUGACAUCAUCUGGACCGAAGCCUACAUGGAUACUGUGCUUCCCAACACAAAAGAGCUUUUCACCACCAAGGCUCAGAGUCUACUGCUGAUGACGUCAGUGGCCAUGCCAGUCUUUAGCAAGAAGAAAGAGACGCUGUCUCAUGGGAUCCUGCUUGGUGUUGUUGGAACUGACAUCCCACUCAUGGAGGUGAUGAAGUUGGCUCCCAGAUACAUGCUGGGACCACACGGCUAUGCCUUCCUCCUCAACAACAAUGGUUAUAUUUUGGCUCAUCCUGAUCUGCGACCUCUGUAUAAAGAUGGCAAGAAACUGAAGCCGAAGCCAAACUACAACAGUGUGGAUCUGGCUGAAGUGGAGUGGGAAGAUAUAGAUGAACUGCUGAGGACAGCCAUGGUGAAAGGAGAGACAGGCAGCAUCUCUCUGGACAUCAGGGCGUCUGUGGACAAAGGAAAAAGGCCGAUGUACCUCGUCAACAACUAUUUCUACACAAACAUUGAUGAAACGCCCUUCAGUUUUGGCAUGGCGCUAACAAGAGGUCAUGGGAGCUUGAUGUUCAUGGGAAAUGUAUCUGUGGAAGAAGGGCUGCAUGAUCUAACAUCUCCAGAUCUUAGCAUUGCUACUGAGUGGACAUACUGUGAAACGGACAUUGAUCCUGCUCACCGAAAAUACACCCAGAUUCAAGCCGUUAUCCGGUACCUGCAAGGAAAGGAACCUGAUCUUGAAUGUGACGAGGUGUUAUUACAACAGACCCUGUUUGACGCCGUGGUAACAGCUCCACUUGAAGCCUAUUGGAAUGCCUUGAUGCUUAAUGACAGGCUGGAGCCAGGGGUGGAGACGGCGUUCCUUGGUACACGUUCUGGCCUCAUGAGGAUCAUCAGAUAUGCAGGAACUGAGUCGAGGGUGGCAAAGAAGUUCCUGACUCCAUCUGAUAAAGACAACCUGUUCACCAUUGAUCACUUCCCCCUGUGGUACCGUCUGGCUGUGGAAAACACUGCUGGACAAUUUUAUUACUAUCCAAUUAACGACAAAGGAGUCAAGUAUGUCAUUGCAACAACAGCAGCGAGGGUAUCGUCUGGGGGAAAAACAGCAAUGGCUGGAGCCAUCGGGGUGCAGCUGUCCUUGGAUUUGCUGGAAAAGAGGUUCUGGGCCAUCGCCAAGCAGCCCAGUGACACCGAUUGUUCAACCAUUGAAGGUGUAUGUCCUCUCAGCUGCGAGAGUGCUGAUCUUAAUUGUUUCUUGGUUGACAACAAUGGCUUCAUUUUGCUGUCUAAAGAGAGAAACGAGGUUGGUCGGUUCUUUGGUGAGGUGGAUGGAUCCAUCAUGGCGUCACUGAUCAAGAUGGGAAUGUUCAAAAAAGUCUCACUGUUUGACUACCAAGCUAUGUGCAAAAAUAGCCACCAUCAUGCCAGCAGUGCACGACCUUUGCUCAGUCCAUUCUAUGUGAUUGUGGCCUUGAUUAGAUGGAUCUUCUCCAACGCUCUGAUGUUCCUUCUGGACUUCAACUUCUGUGGCCUCUGGCACUCUGAUUAUUUCGUGGAUGCCAAAGCUGGCUAUCACACAUCUCAUAAGCAAAAGAAGGUGGAAGCACUUCAGCCCUGCGACACCGCGUACCCCAGCUUCAUGUAUGAUCCAUCCAUCAGAGAAGCCAACAGCCUCAUCAAGUGUGGACGCUGCCAAAAGAUGUUUGUGGUGCAGCAGAUUCCUGAUAGCAAUUUGGUUCUAGUUGUGACUCAGGCGUACUGUGACUGCUCUCGUCAAUAUGGACCCAUCCUGCUGGACCCCAAAGAGAUCAAAUAUAUCGCCACAGUGAAGUGCAACAGGAUGAAAUCCCAGAAGGUGCGGCGACGUCCAGAAUCCUGCCACGCCUACCACCCAAAGGAAGACGCUACGGAUUGUGGUGGAGCUUCAGCCAUAUUCCUGUCACUCUUCGUGUUCCCUGCUUCUCUGCUCGUCUCAUUGGUUCAUCUCUGCUGGCCAUAAACCAGGACAAUCCUACCAAUAAUGAGGAACACAAUUUAAAUGGAGACUUGAAAAGGACUUGAAGAUAUGUUUUCAUUUUUUUAACUUCACCUUUUUUUCCUAUUUUUUCAUUGCUGAACAGACUGGGCAGUUACUAAACGUUUCUGCAGCUUAUAUGCUUAGAUAUGUUGCCAUAAAGCACAAACAAGAUUACAACACCACUGUAGCUGUUUGUUGAGAUAUAUGUACGGGUAGAGUUUUAUCAAAAUCUCUCGGAAAGAAACAAAUAUCAAGUCAUGCUUCAAACAUUGACAAUCUUGAGUGUUUAGAGCAGCACAAAGGAACUUUGAUCAUUUUUAGGAAAAGGGCCAUCAUAAAGGUGCAGAGGUUCAAUGAUACUGUCAAGGAAUUCUCUUGUUUGGAUCUCUUAUUCUGUCACUGUCUCGUUCUCUUUUCUGUCAAUACUUGUUUGAGUGUUCACCUCUGCCAUGAUGUGCGUUUUAGCUCUGUGAGCUAAUUUAAUUGUUGCUGAUGUCUAACAUAGUCCCUUAGCCAAUAUGCAGUUGUCACCAGAGAACUGGGACGGGAGCCAAGAGUUACUUGGGAUGUUUUUUAUCAAUGAGGACAAAAGACCGUGAGAGUUAGGCUUACAAAAAGUGAGCAAAUUGUCUUUCAAAUGGCAUCGAACUUGAUUUUGAAAUAUGAAAAAAGUAUUUUGUGCUGCUUUAAGAGUUACAAACAAAUGCUGUACCACAUUCAAUAUGGAAUGCUGUAUAACAUGAACCCAAAUGUUUAAUAGACCAAAGAUGUG